CGAAGCCCAAAGAAAUGACGAGGGGGAAGACUGGCAUCCUGGAAAACGACCAAGGCAGAUGAUGAUGAGGUGGCAGAUUUUGUAAGAUCAAAAAUCGGUUAUCCUUUGAAGCCAAGACAACAUACCCAAGACCGUUGCAUUUCCCUCCACACGUUCCUUAGUUGCCUUAUCUUUGAGCUGUCUUUCUUUCCCUCCAGCAAUCCCUCCCCGAGCAAAACAUAACAACAACAACAAUAAUAAUAAUAAUCACAAAUAUCUCGCACCAAAACCCAAAUAACCAACCUGCUUCCUCAUGCCUUAUUCAUCAUCAUCAUCAUCAUCAAUGGCUAGCAAAUUGGCUUUCACUUUGAUGCCUCCUCGUUUCUUCACUGCGACUAUUCAAAAACCCGUGGUUUGUUUCUCUUCUUCUUCUUCUUCUUCUAUCAGGUUUCAACCCAGUGGGAAGCAUCUAUGUUUUCGACGCCGAUUGCUCUUACUACCCCUCAAGGCUACUGCCGAUCAACAAGUGGGUCCUUAGGGGGCAAUUUGAGCACCCGUACGUUUAUCUAUGUCGAAGAAGAUGAAGUUGUUGAUAGUAAAAUUCUGCCUUACUGUAGCAUAGACAAGAAAGAGAAGAAGUCUUUGGGUGAAAUGGAACAAGAGUUUCUUCAAGCCCUACAAGCAUUCUAUUACGAGGGAAAAGCUAUAAUGUCGAACGAGGAGUUCGAUAAUCUCAAGGAAGAACUAAUGUGGGAAGGAAGUAGUGUUGUCAUGCUAAGCUCUGAUGAACAGAAGUUUCUAGAAGCCUCAAUGGCUUAUGUAUCUGGGAAACCAAUUUUGAGUGACGAAGAAUUUGAUGAGUUGAAGAUGAGGCUAAAGAUGGAAGGAAGUGAGAUUGUGGUUGAGGGUCCACGAUGCAGUCUCCGAAGUAGAAAGGUUUACAGUGACCUAUCUGUUGACUAUCUCAAGAUGUUCCUCUUAAACGUCCCAGCGACAGUAAUUGCACUAGGAUUGUUUUUCUUCCUAGAUGAUCUCACCGGAUUCGAAAUCACAUACCUUUUGGAGCUCCCAGAACCAUUCAGUUUCAUUUUCACUUGGUUUGCUGCCGUGCCCUUGAUAGUUUAUUUAGCACAAUCCCUUACAAAAGUGGUUGUGAAAGACUCUUUGAUCCUAAAGGGCCCUUGCCCAAACUGUGGUACUGAGAACGUCUCCUUCUUUGGCACCAUACUAUCAAUUUCCAGUGGUGGAACCACCAACACCCUUAAAUGUUCAAAUUGUGAAACCACGUUGGAGUAUAAUGCGAAAACGAGGUUGAUUACAUUGCCAGAAGGAAGCCAAGCUUAAUUGCAGGAGAAAGUACAUCCAGAGAUCAACAUCAAGAAUGCUACUGACUCAUAAAGUUGGAGUGAAGAGUGUGAUGUAUUUUGUAAACCUAGUGGGUUAUGAUGUGCAGCUAAGUAGGAAAUUUUGAUAAGUGCUGCAUUGUAAAACAUGUAUCUGUUGUAUUUUUUAUGUGCAACAUAACACUCUAUUUGUAAUUAAACAUGUAAUAUAUAUAUAUAUAUAUAUAUUUUUAUACCUAAA